ACCACUACCCCACCUGUGACCGUGGAUUCCAGGUCAGGGAUAGUCUCAUCAGCUACACCUGAGGAUUCUGCGGAUGGGGAAGAGGAGGAGGAGGACGAGCUUGCAGAGAGCACCCAGCACUCCGUUCUCCCCAACAGCCAGGAUCUUUUUCUCAGCCUGACUGAAGUACCCUCCCAAGCCAGUAUCCAAGACCAUGACCCCAUGGAAGGGACCUCAGCAGCUGCAAAUUCUUCAAGCCUCCCUCCUCCGUCCCGAAGGCUAUCACAGAUAAGGCGUCGGAAAAAGAAGACGCGAGACGAGAUGUUUGCAGAAAUCAUGGAAUCCACCCGCAGUGACAGAGCUCAUCUGAAUGAGUGGAAGGACACGGUUUCAAAGUAUAGGAAAGAAGCCAGUGAAUGUGAGGAGAGGAGGGACCAACGUGAGGAGAGGAGGGACGCUCGAGAUGAGAGGUGGCGGCAGGAAGAUCAGAGGAGGAAGGAUGCAAUGCUGGGGCUGCUGCGUGAGCAAACAGACCUGCUCCGGCGUCUGGUGGAGCUUCAGGAACGGCUGCAGGAAAACAGAGUGCCGCUACAGCCCCUGUAUAACCCCCCUCCCCAUGUUCCAUAUCCUCCUCACCCAGACGUGUAAGAACGCGGGUGGGGAGGCUCCGUACACCUUCCCAUUCCACCCAAGUGGACAGCCCAAGCAAAAGGCUGUCAUUUUUUAAA